UUUAUUCUCAUUUCCCCUGCCUCUCCCUUUCUCUCACAAAUCUAAAAAUCAACUUCCCCUCCUCUCCCCUUCUUUUACUUGCUAAUCCACACCUUCAUUUUCACACUGCCAAUACCUACAACAAUUUACCAAGUUGGAUUUUUCUUCUCUCUUUACUCGACGCCGCUCGCUCUCUCUCUCCGAAAAAUAUCUCUUGCCUACAUUUUGGGAUGGUUUGUUCACCAAUUCAGCUCUUUCUUUCCUCUGUUUUCUCUUAGUUUUACCAUAUCUAAUUAAAAUUCAGACCACUUUUUUUUAUAUUUUCGACCAAAUUAAGAUCUUGGUUUUGAUUAGAUACCUCUUUUACGGAUUGGGUUUUUCAAACCAUCUCUAAUUAUAUUCAAGAGUUGAGUUCAUUCACUGUGAACUCAAGAGAGCGAGUGGCAAAAUCGUGCUAUUUCUGCAAUUGAAUAUUUGACAAUGGCUACAUCAGAGGAUUAUGGUAAAUCAACAACAGCUAUUACAGAAGAAAUGGAUUGUGAUAAAGGCAGGGAUUUUGAUGAUAAUACCUUUGAAAGGCAACAAAGGAGGCCAGUUUUUGAAGAAGCUUCCAUUUCCCAACGGCGUUUCAAGAAAAUCAAAAGUCCCGAACGCCAACACUAUUCUCAAUCCUCUUCUUCUUCUUCUUCUUACUCUCAGCAACCGCUUUCACAAUCCUCCGUUCCUUAUAAUAAUCCCAUAUCCAUGUCAUUUCCUCCUCCUCCGUCGUCGUCAAAGCAUGUUUUUCCUUUUUCUUUUGACGGAACACAACAGUCAAUAGAAAAUUUAUAUCAAAUGAGACCAAACACAACGCCUCUGUUUCGUCCGCAGAAUCAAAAUCAGCAGCAAAUGAUCUCAUUUUCACCUCAACAAUGUCCUUACCCUCCGUAUUUUGCAGGGGAGUUAGGACAACCACAGAAUCAGCAGCAACUGUUGCAGUAUUGGAAUGAAACGCUAAAUUUAAGUCCGAGGGGGAGAAUGAUGAUGAUGAGCAGAUUAGGGCAAGAUAACAAGGGUUUGUUUAGGCCACAGUUACAACCUAUUAAUACGACGAAGCUAUACAGAGGAGUGAGACAGAGACAUUGGGGUAAAUGGGUUGCUGAAAUUCGUCUUCCUCGAAAUAGGACUCGUCUUUGGCUUGGUACUUUUGAUACAGCUGAAGAUGCAGCUAUGGCUUAUGAUCGCGAGGCGUUUAAGCUUAGAGGAGAAAAUGCUAAGCUCAAUUUCCCUGAACUGUUUCUUGGUAAAGACAGAGAGGGACCAUCGAUAGAAACUAUUGAAUCAACUCAUACAAAGCAGCCUGAUCAAGAAUCAGAAAGCCUUCCGCUGGAACCUUUAAAUAUUGAGUUACUGCCUCCGCCUCCGCCACCGCAGCCACCACCUGAAGUUGAUAAUCAAGACGAGGACUCUGGAAUGGGAUCGAGCGAGGUGACUGCUUGUGAUGAAGUUCAAGUUCAAGGUGUAUCAUUACAAUCAACUGAAUUGGUAUGGGGUGAAAAUGAAAUGGCUGAGGCUUGGUUUAAUGCAAUACCAGCAGGUUGGGGUCCAGGAAGUCCAGUUUGGGAUGAUUUAGACGCAAAUAAUAACUUCAUUUUUCCUCCUAAUUUUCACUUUGGGAAUGUCCAUUCUCAUAAUUCUGAUCCUCAUAAUCAGCAUAUUCAUGAUAAUACUGAUCCAUCUUCACCUUCUUGUCCUAUGAGACCUUUCUUUUGAAAAGGUUAAUUCCACACUUCUCAUGCAUUUGCCUAUUAGGAUAUUUAGGUGUUUUCCUUCUCCUCUCUUGUCCUUAUCCGUCUCACGUGUUGGCCAUAGGAGAUCUGUUUUUAAAUGAUCUCCUCGGAUUCAUUCACCGGUUGAAUAUUUCUGGCCAAACCAGUGAUUUCAUAUUGCAUCUCUUUUCAUCUGGUUGCAGUUUUUAACCUGCAAUAGCACAGCCUUUUAACCCUUUACUUCCCUUGCAUUUGGCUUUAGUGAUUCUCUUUUGGACCCUAUUCCACUUGAUCCACCUUAGUUUAGUUGUCAUGUCCGCGAAAUGGCUGCAUAUUUAAGGCCGUUCUUGCGGUGACAAUUUUACUUGUUUCCUUCUUCAUACACAAGUAUCACAUUUUGUAAGAUCAUAUGUUAGUAUCAUCAGUAUUUAGUUGGUCAUGUCCUUAUAUUUUCGCAUUGGCAGUGUUUGAUUUAGUGUAAUAGUUUUGUUUUCUUUGAGUAGUUUGCCUUAGUACCAAUGUCAAGAGAGAGAGUUUUAUGAUCUACUCUUGACGGUCCCUCCAUCACGAGCUUAAUUUUUGAUUUGCGAGGAUGGAGAAAAUAGCUAGAAGUGUCUGUAUAUAUUUGAUCUUCACUUCAGAUCUAUACUAUGUUGUAAUUUGUUGUUGUUAUUUAUUGAAAGUAUUACUUUAGCAUUUCCUCUUC